CAAGGAAACUUUGUGACAGCUCCCACUUGGAUAUCCACUGCUGAACACUGAUUUCCCCCAUUCUCACCCUCUUUGCAAAGACGAUACGCUAUGACAUCGCCACAGAAAAUCUCAAAAGACCUCAAGACUAUGAUCACGGACACAAAGCAGGAUAUGGACGAUGUGUACAAGGCAUUGGAAAAACUCCGCAGUUUGUCCCAAGAGGAUCGAGCAGAAACAGGCAUGUUGCGGUCAAGGAUCGACGAGCAAUCCAAUCUGAUUUGCAUCUUGAAGCAAAGAGCAGAUGAGAUGCUACUCCGGUGUCAAGCUCUAGAGAAAAUCAACACUGAACUUGAGAGUUUAAACGGUGCUGUACAAAUUGAACUUGACAAUGAAAAGAAGCGGUCCUCGCUACUAGAGCAGAGGUUCAUGCACCUGGCUGCAAACCACCAUGAGCUAAUCAAAUUUAAAGACGAGUACAAACGACAGAAUGCUGUAUUAACCGAAGAAAACAAACGUCUUCUGGAGGAAAACAAAAUGCUGUUUUGUAAAGAACUACAAGAGAAAGAGUCCAUAAUUUUGUCAUUGACCCAGGAAUUAAAGGAUCUUGCUCAGCAACACAUGAGAUUACAGGCUGAAUACCAGGAAAAAACGGCUGUGUUCCAAAGCAAGUUAAAGGAACUCAUGAAUCAACAUCAGACCAAGGAGGCAUCUUUGCAGCAUGAAUUACAGGACACUCAAGAACAACUGAAGAAUGCAGUUGAUAUGUGUGCAGAACUGGACCUUAGACUGAAACUUUCACAAGACAGAGACAACUUACAUGAGGCAAAAGUGCAGGAGAAAAUUGAAGUUUUAACCAAGGAGAAAGAAGAGCUCUUGGAUUUGUCUAUGCAGAGAGGGAAAAUUAUACAGGACAGACAGGUUGAGUUGAAAGAGCUGGAAAAGAAAUGUUUGCAAGCGGAAAAUUGCAGGAUUGCUGCAGAAGACAGGUUUGCAACUGAAGCAUCAUCUGUAAACGGAAAUCUGAAAGUGAAGGAACUUCAGCUGUCCCUUGGCGCUGCUGAGAAGGCAUAUGGCGAUAUCAAGAAGGAUUUUGAAGCUUAUAAAAAGCACAGCUCUGAUCUACUUGCAAAGGAGAAGGAGCUAAAUGCCAAGCUGCGCCAUGUGACUGGUUGAGGGCCUCAUCCCAUCACCCAUCAACAUUAUACAUCAUAAUGUGGCAUUUUCUUUUCUCAUUAAAAAUUGGCAUGUUAAUGGUCUUAA